AUGGUCAGGAGGAGCAAUCCUCGACCAAGGCUUUCAUUGAGAUGGACGACAUUGUGGUGGACGCUACGUACGAGGAGCUGAUCUCAUUGGCUAAUAUGGCAUCGCAGGCGGCUGGAGGAGCCAAUCAAAAUGCAGAGAAUUUAGACAAAUGCGGGGACGACCCAGAGUACUCCAAAGUACUCCCGAGAAAGUCGUAUAGAAAAACCCCGAAUGCAGUUACAUGGUAA